AUGGUAUACAUAAUUGACCGCAAGCUCUCGUGUUGGGGGGGCGCCAACACCUCAAAUGUGACGUUAGUAUGGGCUCUCUGCUUGCUCCUCAACAAUCCCCACACUCUAAAGAAGGCGCAACAAGAAUUGGACGCCCAGGUUGGGAGACAACAACAACUACAGGGAACUCAUAUCAAACACUUGGUAUACAUCCAAGCCAUCAUCAAGGAGACCCUGCGCCUCUACCCCGCCGCACCUCUAGGAAUACCUUAUGAAUCCAUAGAAGAUUGUACCAUCGGUGGCCAUUGCGUCCCCUCCGGCACACGCCUAGUGGUGAACCUAUGGAAGGUUCAUCGAGACCCGCAAGUGUGGCCUGUUCCAUACGAGUUUCGACCAGAGAGAUUUUUGACAACCCACCAAGAUGUGGAUGUGAAGGGGCAAAAUUUUGAGUUGAUCCCGUUCAGCAACGGCAGAAGAAUGUGCCCUAGAGUUUCUUUUGCACUUCAGGUUAUGCAUUUUACACUAGCCAAUUUGCUACAUGGGUUUGAGAUUGCAACUCUAGACGACGAACCAAUUCACAUGGGGGAGCGCUUUGGGCUAACUGUGACUAAGGCAACGCCGCUGGAAGUCCUCCUCUCUCCUCGCCUGCCUUCUCACCUAUAUGUAUAAGGUAAUUUGCCAUUGGUGAUAGAGUGUAUGCUAGAAGACUUUAGGUCUCCAAACGCAUGCUUAGUAUUUAAUACUUUAGCUUUGAGAUAAUUUUGAUUUGGGCCAAUUUAAAUAUAGUGUAAUAUAAAAUUAUAUUUAACUUUUAUAAAUGCUGAACAUUCCAAAUUGAUGCUCCAAAUACGAUUUAAAUUUUUCUUUGAA